CCUCUGGUUGAGAGCGCCGCUGCACCCCGGGCCGGCGAUGCGGGACCCCGGCGCGUCCGCGUCGCGCUCACCCCUGGGCCUGUGCGCUCUGGUGCUGGCGCUGCUGGGCGCGCUGCCUGCGGGCGCUGGGGCGCAGCCGUACCACGGCGAGAAGGGCAUUUCGGUACCGGACCACGGCUUCUGCCAGCCCAUCUCCAUCCCGCUGUGCACGGACAUCGCCUACAACCAGACCAUCCUGCCCAACCUGCUGGGCCACACGAACCAGGAGGACGCGGGCCUCGAGGUGCACCAGUUCUACCCGCUGGUGAAGGUGCAGUGUUCUCCCGAACUGCGCUUCUUCCUGUGCUCGAUGUACGCGCCCGUGUGCACCGUGCUGGAUCAGGCCAUCCCGCCGUGCCGCUCUCUGUGCGAGCGUGCCCGCCAGGGCUGCGAGGCGCUCAUGAAUAAGUUCGGCUUCCAGUGGCCCGAGCGGCUGCGCUGCGAGAACUUCCCUGUGCACGGGGCGGGAGAAAUCUGCGUGGGCCAGAACACGUCGGAUGGCUCCGGGGGUCCGGGCGGUGGCCCUACCGCCUAUCCCACCGCGCCCUACAUGCCCGAGCUGCCUUUCACCGCGUUGCCCCCGGGGGCCCAUGACAGAAGGGGUCGCUUCGCCUUUCCUUUCUCGUGUCCCCGCCAGCUCAAAGUGCCCCCCUACCUGGGCUACCGCUUCCUGGGCGAGCGUGACUGCGGGGCCCCGUGCGAGCCAGGCCGCGCCAACGGCCUCAUGUACUUUAAGGAGGAGGAGAGGCGCUUUGCUCGCCUCUGGGUGGGCGUGUGGUCGGUGCUGUGCUGCGCGUCGACGCUCUUCACCGUCCUCACCUACCUGGUGGACAUGCGGCGCUUCAGCUACCCCGAACGUCCCAUCAUCUUCCUGUCGGGCUGCUACUUCAUGGUGGCCGUGGCGCACGUGGCGGGCUUCCUGCUGGAGGACCGCGCCGUGUGCGUGGAGCGCUUCUCGGACGACGGCUACCGCACGGUGGCGCAGGGCACCAAGAAGGAGGGCUGCACCAUCCUCUUCAUGGUCCUCUACUUCUUUGGCAUGGCCAGUUCCAUCUGGUGGGUCAUCCUGUCGCUUACUUGGUUCCUGGCGGCGGGCAUGAAGUGGGGCCACGAGGCCAUCGAGGCCAAUUCACAGUACUUCCACCUGGCCGCGUGGGCGGUGCCCGCCGUCAAGACCAUCACCAUCCUGGCCAUGGGCCAGGUGGACGGGGACCUGCUCAGCGGCGUGUGCUACGUGGGCCUGUCCAGCGUGGACGCACUGCGGGGCUUCGUGCUGGCGCCCCUGUUCGUCUACCUCUUCAUCGGCACAUCCUUCCUGCUGGCCGGCUUCGUGUCGCUUUUCCGAAUCCGCACCAUCAUGAAGCACGACGGCACCAAGACCGAGAAGCUGGAGAAGCUGAUGGUGCGCAUCGGAGUCUUCAGUGUGCUCUACACUGUGCCUGCCACCAUCGUCCUGGCCUGCUACUUCUAUGAGCAGGCCUUUCGCGAACACUGGGAGCGCACCUGGCUCCUGCAGACCUGCAAGAGCUACGCGGUGCCCUGCCCGCCCGGCCACUUCCCGCCCAUGAGUCCCGACUUCACCGUCUUCAUGAUCAAGUACCUGAUGACCAUGAUUGUGGGCAUUACCACCGGCUUCUGGAUCUGGUCCGGCAAGACCCUGCAGUCAUGGCGCCGCUUCUACCACAGACUCAGCCACAGCAGUAAAGGGGAGACUGCGGUAUGAGCCCCGGCCCCUUCCCCGCCCUGCUUUUCCCUACCCCCUGCCCGGGGGCGAGCCGCCGCGGGGAAAGCGCUGCUGGGGUGGGGGACUUGUGUAGGCCCCAGCUUCAGCCCCAGGGAGAAGCGACCUGGGGGAGAGAAGAUACACGUAGGCUUAGGGCGAGAGGGGUGGGUUUGGGAAGGAGGCCUGGGUGGAAAGACUGUCUGGAUGAACAGAUUCCCGGCGAAGACUUGCGGGAUGAGGAUGAGGAUGAUGAUAACGGUGUUACUCGUGUCGGGUGCGGGCCGAACCCGGGCCUAACGAGAGGACUGAGACCCGCAGAAAUUGCUGCGAGUCCUCCCGGCUCCGGGGAAGAGACUGGGACUGUGCACGAUGCCCCUGCUGCAAGACAAGUGGCCCGUCCUCUCUCCCGUGCGGCCCGGGUGAAAGGUACAGCUCUGUCUGCGGCUGCCGCUUUGUUGGGAAGCGGGAGGACUCCCUGCCGUGUCCUUGUCAAGCGGUGGUCAGACCAUAAUCUCUUUUCACUGGGGCCAAACUGGAGCCCAGAUAGGUUAAUUUCCAGGGUCAGACAUUAUUACUGUCUCUCCUGCCUGCCCCCUCCUGCUUGUUUUUCCGCCCCUACUCCUUUCAAGUCUUGUAAAGUAAGCAUGUGGAGGGUUUGGGAGGCCUGCCUUCUUCGAAAAUGCUAACGUGAGGAUGCUAAAGAAAAGAAGGUAUAUUUCAAAAUGAGGCAGGCAUGAGUAGUGGGUAUUUGUACUACUUUUGUAUUUUCUGGGGAAGGCAGGAGGGAGAAAGAAGGGUGUUUUAUUUGGCUUAAUAUCCUAAAAGAGAGAGAGAGAUGACUUGUUGCUUUUCAAAACAGGAGUGCAUUUCUCUCCCCCACCCCCCCCUUGUCUUUGUUGUAAGAGACAAAAGAGGAAACCAAAGUGUCUCCCUGUGGAAAGGCAUAACUGUGAAGACAGCAACUUUUAUAGGCAAAAUAGCACAAAUCUGAGGUUUUCCUUCUGAUGUUAAUUUGGUUGAGAUAAACAUUCCUUUUUAAGGAAAAGUGAAGGGCAGCAUGCUUCCAGUGCUUCCAAACGCCUUUGGGCCAGUGGUUCUGACUUGGCUAAAAGAAAUGCAGGGGUUUUGUUGUACUUGUACGUUUUGAAUAAAUUUAAUUCAGAACACAUGACCCAAACGUCUCUGUUAAAAUGUUAAAGGAAAUCUCCAAUUUUUUUCUUCCUAUAAACCUGCAUUUAGAUAUUCUUUUCUCCCCCACCCUCCAAUUUGAAUCCUUCAAGAUUAAAAAAAAAAAAGCAUAAUGCCUUCAAUCUCAUGAUGAGGCAAAGUUAA